AAAGUGAGAAGGCGAAAUAUCCCCUACUUAGGGUUGUGCGCUGGGUUUGGGACCCGCCACGUAAAAAAACACCCCAAUGAAAAAGCAAACACAGCCUGCUGUUGUUGACUCGGCUAUAAUCGCGUAAGCGGUGUCUACGCCAGUAAAGAAGAAGAAGAGAGAUGUUCGGUGUGAGGGUUUUUGUUCCUUUGUGCUAAUUUUACAACCGAAUGGUAAAUGUCGGCCCUGGAAGUCGAAGCUAACCACAUCAAUUCGCCUAUUGCAGACUGAUAAGCCGUUGCAUCCACUUCCUCACACGUUUUUUCAUUGCACGCUACCUGAUAUCCUGUAUCCAAUGGCGUCGUUGUUACCCUACAUUGAUGCAUGCCGUGGCGUUGUAGCAUAUUGUCUAUAUAGGGAGACUGAUUCAUCGAAAUAUAUCCAUCGCGCUGAAUCUGCAUACCCAAGAUCUGAAGUGGGCCUUCAUCAACGCAUUCAAACUUGCUUGAGAUCAUUGUUUUAAUUUGUAUUAAAUCAAACUUCUUCUGGCACGCUAUAAAUAAAUCAUCUAUAUAGAUUAAUAAUAAACAAAGGCUACCUUCUAUGUCCUUUUUAUAUAGGCACGGUUCAUUCUGGCAUUGAGAAAAAACAAUUUCACACAGCACCGCGUUCAGUUUGGAGUUCCACUCCCUUCCUGGUUGCUUGAAGCCGUAAAUCGCUUUGUUCAAUCGUAACACUUUUCGCCACACGUUCUGUUUACAUACCCCUCAGGCUGCUUCAUGUAGAUCACGUCUUUUAACUCGCUGUUGAGAUAAGCCGUACAAACGUCCCUCUGAUGCAAGUGUAACUUUAGCUCGACAGAGAGCGCUAGUAUCGAGCGUAUCGUUUCAUAUCGACACACCGGAGAAAAUGUUUCGUUAUAGUACACGCCGAACUUCUGCGCGCACCCCUUGGCUACCAAACGUGCUUUGUACCGCUCAACUGAGCCAGUUUUAUCUCUUUUAACUGUGUAAACCCAUUUACACCCAAUUACUUGUUCACCCUUUGGUAAGUCUGCUACAGUCCACGUGCCAUUUGCCACCAAUGCCUUAUGCUCUGCGUCCAUAGCCGCCUGCCAGUAUGAAGCAUACUUGCCGUCAGUUGCCUCUUUAAACGACUGUGGUAAUGGUGUCUCUACAGAUUGCACUGCUUGUAUAACAUUGUAGCUCUUCUUCGGACGUUCUGGUAUACCGCUCCGAAUAAUUCUUUGUCUACCUGGUCCUAUCUUACGUUUCUGCUCCAUCAUCUGCACUGCCGCGUUCGUCGCUUUCUUCAUUGUACAUACGUUUCUCCUGCUUAACUUCACUUCUGCAUGGAGUAAAUGUUUCAUCAUUAGGAUUUAAGUCAGCUGGCAAAAUUUCUGGUAAUUCAUCAAAAACGAUUUGAUCAUCUGACUGGGAUUCUUUGAAAUGUUCAUAGAACAAAACAUCACGUUUUUCUACAUUUGAUGCUCUUGAACGUAUAGUCUGUAAGCCUUUGAUGCCAAGGAGUACCCAACGAAUCUGUACUCUUUAUCUUUCGCAUGGAAUUUAUUUUUUCACGUUUUGUCUAAGCCAACGGCCACGGACCCAAAUGUACGCAUAUUUUUUACAUUCGGUUUUCUACCACUCCAAGCUUCAUAUGGUGCCAUGCCAAUCAACGUUGCAGUUGGCGAUCUGUUCCGGAUAUAGCACGCUGUCUGCAUCGCCUCUACCCAUAGAAACUCUGGCAUAUUUGAGUGUACAAGUAAACUUCUUGCCAUAUCAACAAAAGUGCGGUUCACUCGUUCUGCGACGCCGUUCUGUUGGGGACUGUAGGGUACCGUCAGCUGACUCUGUUGUUUUAGGAAGUCAUCGCUUGUUGAUGUUUUCUCGGCCGUUGUCGCUCCAUAAAACCUUGAUUUUCCGCCCAGUCUGGCAUUCGACCAAUUUCUUGAAAGUUACGAAAUUUUCAAACACCUCAUCUUUAGACUUGAAAAAAAAUGUGAAAAUACGCCGAGACAUGUCAUCGAUGAAUAUUAAAAAAUAUGAUGAGCCACCAAGAGAACGCUUUUCAAAUGGGCCGCAUACGUCGGUAUGCACUAGCUACAACAAUCUUUUGCUCGAUUUUCAGACGCCGCUGGAAGCGGUUGAGUGUGGAUUUUACUUUUCAUACACGUUUUACACUGCGUACUGUCUGCGAACUUCACAUUUUCUAUGCCAAGCACCAUUUUAUUUUUUGUUAGCUUCAUCAAACUGCCAUAAUUUAAGUGGCCAUAUCUAUCUGCACUGUGCUGCACCAAAACUCGUGUUGUUAAUACACACAAAUACAAACAAUUUAUUUCUUUUUUCUGUUUUUAAAAUUUGUUCGCCAUUCUGGCUUACGAUAGCAUUUUCGUUGUUAAAGCUUACUGUACAGCCACGUUCUACAGCUCGACUCACCGAUACAAAAUUACCCUUCAUUUGCGGGACAUGCAAUACGUUCUCCAACCUUAGCUCACAAAAAUCUGUUUGAACUACAACGUCUACUGCGCGUAUAAUGUUGUUGUCGGCCAACAUAACAUCCUCUGCUUGUGUGACAUAAUUUGUAAAAAGAUUACGUGAGCCACAUAUGUGCCGUCGCGCCGCUGUCCAGGUACCAUCUCGAGUGUUUUAAGUCACCUACAUCUGUCGCUGUAAACUGUAAAACUGUAAAUGACCUAUGUUGUUGUUGCGAUUCUGUCGAUUUUUCUUUACCUUUAUUUCUGAAUUGAUUUUUGUAGUGACCCCGUUGACCACAUUUGUAACAUUUUGAAAAAUUAUAGACCUGUUCGUUUUGUACAUUUUUGGUUAGUAUGCAUGUUUGCUGUUAUAGAGUCGCAUUGGAAACGGACUUAUUUUCAACACUAUUCGAACUUCUAUUAUACAUGAUCCCGCAUUUCCUGGUGUUAUGCUUUCACUGUCAUUCAGAAUAAGUAUGUUUUGAAACUCGUUUUGAGGAUCAGUCAGCUGAUCACCUCUGGUACUGGUACAAGAGUAUGCUCUGGUCUUGAAACCUUCUGUUAGUCGCCGCAUCUUUUCGUAAAAUUUUCGAGCAUAACCUCUGUUGGCCAGCUUGUGAAGCUCUUCAUACUCGGCCUCCCUCUCGUUAUUUGUCUGCAAAUGCGUCUUACUUCCCUCUUCGGUAUCUAUACCAUCCCGCAUGUUUUGUGGUCGAUUGUAACAUUGCGAGGUAGGCAGUCUGUUUUCUCUCCGCUGCGACGCGGCACUAAUUAUACCAGCUGUUCCUUUGCCAAUAGUUUUUUAACAGCUGUAUGAAAGGAGCUUGAAAUGCCAUUGUUAUUGUUGUAACGAACACCCAAUUCCCGUUAGUAUUGUCAGGAUUAGAUAAAUUGUCAUGGGCGUCAUCUAACGAAUUCAGGAAACGUGCUGCUUCGACGGGUUCUAAUGUCAUGCGUGGACUCAUUGCACGCUGGAUUUGAUAUGUCAGUGUCUAUUCUGGAUAAGUAGGAGUUUAACUUGCUACAGUAUCCAGCUGCGCAAGGUUCACUUUCGUUUCUCACGGCAACUAGAGCCCUUCGUCAGUAAUGGGUAGUGGUUUGACACCAAGUAUGGUGGUCAGUGCUUGUUGAAAGUUAGUUGCAAUCGCGUCGGCGUUGAUGUCGUCGACGUAGUUGAGGAAUGACUUCUUGAUGUUUGCGAUUAUCGGGUCGUAUGGUGAGUGACUAUCGAAAGUCACACCUAAAAUUUUAGGGUUAUUGACAGUCGGAAUUUUACCGCCAUCGAUUGCAAUACAUAGGUCAAGUCUGUACUCUUUUAAAAUAAAUUCCGUGCAGCGAGGAAGCGGGAAAGGUCUUUUAACAAGUCCUAUCGCAGAGUGGUUUCUGGUUAAGGCCAUGAACUAUAGUGAGGGUUUAUGAAGCUAAGUGCGGACUGGGACUGUGCACUUUUCGGAAGCCAUGCUGUUGGUUUGCUAGACCCAGCUGGUGUGUGAAGGUCGGGAGUAGUGAGGCCUUAAGUUUCUUCGCUACUGGGGAGAGGAGAGUUAUCAGACUAUAGGACUCCCCUUUGUUGGCGGGUUUUCCAGGCUUUUGAAGUGGAACCACUCUUCCGACUUUCAAGAGCCGCCGGUCAUAGACCCGUCGAGCCUAAAUGCUUUUGUACCAGCAAGUUGGUUCUAUCAGGGCCAAUUGAUUUAGACGAUUUUGCCUUGUUAAUGACACUCUAAACUUCCUUGUCGAUGAAAGAAAGUGGUGCGCAGUCUUUUGGCAUUUUGCGCAGCAGUCGGGUGACACAUCCUUUGGCUUUGUCUACCGAAGGGUGCAGUGCCUCAACACAAUAGUUUUAAACGUUCCCGUGUUAUGAAUGCAACUAUCACCUCGAUCUUGCUCUGGAGUCUGUUGCAGUUGAAUUAUGGGAGUCAUGCUGCGGAUUUGAUCUCCCAUGGACCGUGAAGGUCCCCUUUUAGCCACUUUGGCGGAGUGGUGGCGCAGUGCGCGAACUAGGUGCAGACUGUGCAGCCGUAGAGGCUACGUUCGUAGUAAUGCGUUAGCAGCAUGGGGCCAUGUAACUCGUGUGUCCUAAGGCCUGAGCCGGUCUUAAGGCGGUUCCAUCCAUUGCAUUAUACCUAACCAAGGUGGAGUUCGGAUGAAGUCUUUUGGCGCAGACGCAGCAGAAGAAUAGGGAUAAACCCUACUGCAAGGCUUUAAGGCUUUGCUCCAGUGAUUACAAACUUAUACUAAGACUUACUGAUCUAAACGGGAUUAGCUCUCAGAAAUAACACUCCUUCCGGUAACGUAAAACCGGCUGUUGUGUGUCCCGCAGUUCCCUUAUACCGAGUUGCUGACGAGUGCUCUCGGAGAGCAAGUCGAAUAGGAAAUCGCUCGGCUGUCUGCUGUGAUUGCAGCUUCUCGACGUCGAACCUUCCUUGUGUUUGUUGACGUUCGUUUUUAUCUUGGUUACAACAAGAUAGUGGUCCUAGUAAAUGUUAACGGCUUUAAUGACCGUAUAUUUCGGUAAAGCGUCUUCUAUAACUAAUAUUUGUUUGUUUCUUUUUGUGCUUUUGAUAAAUGGUCCUAAAUGACCCAUAUGAAAAAAUGGUAUUAUUGAAAUUAUACUGUCCUUUAGUUUGACCACCUUUGGGUUUGUUAUAUGCGCUUUCAACACAUGCUUUUAAAUAUCAUUUGACGAAAUAAUGCAUUCGUGAGAUCCAUAUGUACGUUUUCAUCUUGUUAAUGGUCUUUCCGAAAUCCAAGUGACCAAUUUUAGCAUUAUAUUCUUCUAACAUUAUAUGUCUUAACGCUUUAAAAACUACCCAUAAAUCCAUUUCUUUGUCGAUUCUAAAUAACAUAUUUUUCUCAAUACAGAAUACUUUCAAAUUUUUUAUUAUUGUUUUUAAUCUUUUCGACGAUCUGUUUUUUUACUGUCGUCCUCUAGCUGCAUACUAAACAGUGAAUCGUCUGCUGUUAUCGAUGUUUUAUCUACUCGUAGAGUAGGUGCAUCUGUUUCGGCUACCCAGACGAUGUACAAUAUCGAUAUCGAAUUCUUGUAUCCUUAACCACCAUCAAGCCAUUCGUAAAGUAAAUUCUUUCUUACUCAAAGCAGUUGGACCAGUGCUACAAUAGGCUACAACUUUUACUGUUUUAUAGUCGAUGUAGUACCGGAAUCGCUCUAACGUUUCAACUACAGCUAAAGUUUCAAGUUCGUAACUGUGGAAACUUCUUAUAGUAUCGUUCGUCGAUCUACUGUAACAAGCAACUGGUUUUAAUCCGUCACAUUUAUUGUAACAAUGCACCAUACUAAACCAGAAUAACUACCAUCUGUAUGAAUUUUGUAAUUUCCACUACUCGAUAUGCGAAUAGUAGAGGUUUUAAAGUCAGCUUGUGGUUUCAUUCGUUAAAGGCUUCGUCUUGGUCGUAGCCAGUGGCGUAGCCACAACUUCGGGCGCCCAGGACAAGGAUAUUUUGCCGCCCCCCUUUAUCCACCUACCUACAAGUUCCAUGAGGUGGUUUGAACAAAAGUGAGUUUUUACAAAAUUCCUUCGAUAUUAAGUAUAUAAAAUUUAGGAACUAGAAGCCACACAAAUUCUGAACUUCCAAAAUUCUCACAAUACGGUUUUUGAGAAAAUUGAUAGUAAAUUUACAAGACAUCUUAUUAAAAGCCAUAGAAAAAACCCAUUUUCGCCCUGUAUCUUGUACAAUUUUGACACAAUUUGCAGGAAUUUUUGCCCGAAUUGGAGUUUUUGAAUACCAUUUUUGAAAAUUUGAAAAAAUAAAAGUAUUUGUUACAUUCAACUCUUUAACUUUUAUAAUAAAUUUUGUAAAAAAAAUUGUCGAAAUAUGCCCGGGGCGACGGCAAUUUAUUGUCGUUUUCAAAAUCUUGCAUAUUGAAAUAAUGCAAAUUAGCCCCUUUUAAACUUCUAAAACUGUCGUAAGUCGAAUCAUUUCUUUGUAGAUAUUAUUGCAGAUAAGUACACUAACCGCUCAUAAAAAAACCGAUUUGACUUUAUGUUUACAUGGUGCCUUUUAAUAAAAAUUAAUCAAAUUAAGUCCUGUGGAGAUAACAUCUUUUUAAAAUACGUUUAAAUAAAUUAUAAAUAUAAAUAAUGAGCUUUUUAAGCCAUUUAACUUAUUAUCCUUUCAAAUAAUUGUUUAUUAGCGAAAAUUAAAAUACUCUGUAAAAAACUAAGUUUUCUAUUAUAGAAAUGCGUAUGGAAAAUGGAGAAAACAACAAGUUUUUAAGCAACAAAAUGUGUAAAUACUUGUAUUUAAUACUUUUAAAGUGUUUUUUUUAUAUUUUGAUUUGACAUAAAAAUUUAUAUUUUUUCUUAAUAGUGGGUGUAUGUGGCCGCCUUUUGCCUUUAUAACACUUUGUAGACGGUUGGACAUGUUUUCGUAUAUUUUUAAUACGCUUUUAUUAGCUUCACUUGUAUGUAUGUAUGUAUGUUUGUAACUUUUUUAAGUGGUACUGAAACGUAGAAUAUUUGAGCGACACUGUAGGAAGGCGUAUGUAUGUAUGUAUGUAUGUAUGUUUGUAACUUUUUUAAGUGGUACUGAAACGUAGAAUAUUUGAGAGACACUGUAGGAAGGCGACAGUAAGUUUAAGCAGCUCACCAAAAAUAUGCAACAUAUAUAUAAAACUAGUUUUGGCGACAUUUGAGUAGCAUAUGUAUAUACUGAAAUAUACAUAUGUAUAUCCUUAAAGAAAGUAUACUUUAUAUAGAUACAUAUACUUACAUAUGUACAUAUAUAAGUAUAACCGCGCACCAGAAGAAAUAAUAUCAAAUAAUGCAAAACAUGUGACUUUUAGGUAAUAAAAAAAUAAAUACUUAUAAUAAAAUUUUUGUAGUAAAAAAAAAUUCAGAUACUAGUUUUCAAAAUGCCUCCGAGAAGCAACUGUAGUAGAAAACUCCUUUUUUUAACUUUGAACUUUGGCUGUCACGUUGAUGUGAGCUUUUUAAAAAUUGUCACCGAAUCUAAUGGCGGAGAAUACGAUUUAAGUUAUAUUCGUUUAUAAAGGGUGAUUUUUUAAGAGCUUGAUAACUUUUUAAAAAAAAAAAAACGCAUAAAAUUUGCAACAUCUCAUCGGUUCUUUAUUUGAAACGUUAGAUUGGUUCAUGACAUUUACUUUUUGAAGAUAAUUUCAUUUAAAUGUUGACCGCGGCUGCGUCUUAGGUGGUCCAUUCGGAAAGUCCAAUUUUGGGCAACUUUUUCGAGCAUUUCGGCCGGAAUAGCCCGAAUUUCUUCGGAAAUGUUGUCUUCCAAAGCUGGAAUAGUUGCUGGCUUAUUUCUGUAGACUUUAGACUUGACGUAGCCCCACAAAAAAUAGUCUAAAGGCGUUAAAUCGCAUGAUCUUGGUGGCCAACUUACGGGUCCAUUUCUUGAGAUGAAUUGUUGUCCGAAGUUUUCCCUCAAAAUGGCCACAGAAUCGCGAGCUGUGUGGCAUGUAGCGCCAUCUUGUUGAAACCACAUGUCAACCAAGUUC